UUGUGGGAGUUUGCACAGUCCCAGGGAAGCUGAAGGGGGCCACACCUGCUGCCGGGGACCCUGCACCAGCUCCCCCGGCUCACCUUCCGCUCCAGCUCCCGACAUGAGACUGCUCCAGGCUCUCCUCUGCCUGACAGGCCUCACCUCCCUGAGAGGCUUCAAUCUGGACAUCAGCAGGGCAUGGCUCACACCUCCUCCGGCCAGCGGCCAGGGCCCUCAAGUGCAAAAAGUCCAACUGCAUCAGGAUAAGGACAACAGCCACACCUGGCUCCUUGUUACUGGACCCUGGAGAGCGCAGGGAGCUGCCUACUUCCACAACUGUAGCCUCAGCCCGAAUGACCAGAUCCUCUGUCAGCCCCUAAAGUAUGUGCCCACUCCUCAGACGUCACGCCCUCAGGUCUCUAUGGCGCGGGGUCCAGAUGGCACACUGGUGGUGUGUGCUCAGGUGAAGAGGCGAGGAAUCCCACGGAGCCUGGCCCAGGAGCUGAACGGGGCCUGCAGCCUUCUGGGGGCAGACUUGGGCCUACAGAGCUGCAUCAGCUUCCCCGGUGUAGAGAAUCUCUCAGUCCAAGAAACCUGGGGUGGAAAUCCUGGCUGUUCCUGCCUGAGCCUGGAUCCUGCUGCUGUCAGCCCCCACCAGGACCGCCCCAACGCCGACUGUAACAGCCACAACAACAACCCCCGCAUCAAGGAGAAGCGGGCCCUGGAGGAGGAAGAGGAGGAGGAUGGGGGGGCAGGCACGGAGAUUGCCAUUGUUCUGGAUGGGUCCGGAAGUAUAGACCCCCCUGACUUCCAAAGAGCCAAGGCCUUCAUCUACCGCAUGAUGCAGACCUUCUAUGAGAAAUGCUUUGAGUGCCGCUUUGCGGUGGUGCAAUAUGGGGAAGUGAUUCAGACAGAAUUUGACCUCGAGUACAGCAGAGACGCCCCUGCCUCCCUCCAGAGAGUCAUGGACAUAAUCCAAGUGGGACAUGUGACCAAGACUGCUUCAGCCAUCCAGCACGUCCUGGAUUCCAUCUUCACUCCCAGCCGGGGAUCUCAGGAGAAGGCUUCAAAGGUCAUUGUGGUGCUGACAGAUGGUGACAUUUUUCAGGACCCCCUGAACCUGAGCACUGUAAUCCACUCCCCUCAGAUGGAGGGCAUCGAACGCUUUGCCAUCGGGGUUGGAGCCGCCUUCAACAACACAAAGGCGAAUCAGGAGCUGCACCUGAUCGCCUCAGACCCAGAUGAGACCCAUGCCUUCAAGGUGACGGACUACUCAGCUCUGGAUGGAUUGCUGGGCAGCCUUGAGCAAAGGAUCAUCAGUGUAGAAGGCACUGUCGGAGAAGCCUUACAGUAUGAACUGGCCCAGAUCGGCUUCAGUGCCCACGUCCUGGGCAAGCAACAGGUCCUGCUGGGAGCCGUGGGGGCCUUUGACUGGUCAGGAGGGGUCAUGCUGUACAACACAGACAGCCACCUGUUUCACUUCCUCAACGAGUCCACAAAGGAGCCCAGGACUGCCCAUUACAGCUAUCUGGGUUACUCCCUGACAGUGGUGACCACACGCAGUGGCAUGUCCUACCUCGCCGGUGCACCCCGGCACAGCCAGAAGGGAAAGGUGCUCUCUGUCCGGAGAGACGCGGCAGCCCGAGGCUUCCUACCAGUCCUGGAGGGAGAGCAGAUGGGCUCCUACUUUGGUUCCGAGCUUUGCGCCCUGGAUGUGAACCUGGAUGGGGUCACGGACCACCUGCUCGUCGGAGCCCCCUUUUAUCACAUUCAUGGGGAAGAAGGCAGGGUGUACGUGUACCGCCUGGAAGGACAAGCCGACUCCUUUCCGCUGUCAUUGACCCUGAGCGGUUGGCCUCAGUUUGCCUUUGCGAGAUUUGGGUUUGCAAUCGCUGCCAUAGGAGACCUCAACCAGGACAAUUUGGGCGACGUGGCCAUUGGGGCCCCCCUGGAGGGGUACCCGACAGAUGCCGACACCGGCUUUGGCAGCAUUUACAUCUACAACGGGCACCCCCACGGCAUCGCCAGCAGCCCCUCGCAGCGGGUCCGCGCAGCUGACCUGGCCCCGGGGCUGCGGUAUUUUGGGGCCUCCAUCGAUGGCGGGAUCGACAUCUCUGGGGAUGGCUUGGACGACAUCACCGUUGGCUCUCUGGGCCGGGCAGCUGUGUUGUGCUCCAGGCCUGUGGUCAGGCUGCAGGCCGCCAUGAUCUUCAGCCCCAGCAUGGUGAGGCCUGGCGACAGUCAAAACAUCGACACCCGACUGUGCUUGGGGGUGACCCCAGAUAGCCUGUGGGCCAGCAAAGGGGCCCGGGGGCUGUCUCUGAACAUGACCAUCGAGCUGGACGUGAAGAAGCAUCAGAAGCGAGUUCUGUUUGAAGAUCGGAGCUCGCGGAGCCAGCGGGAGAGGCUGGGCCCUGGCUGUGUUGACUUUCUGCUCAUCCCAGCGGAGGGAGAGGUGUGUGACAAUGACUGCUUUUCCAACAUCACAAUCAAGGUCAGCUACCAGCUAAGUGGCCUUGAGGGCCACUGGGAGCGCCCCCAACCCAUCCUGGACCAGCUCAGCAAGCCCAUGGCACACUUUGAGCUACCCUACGAGAAGAACUGCAAGAAUAAGUCGGUCUGCGUGGCACAAUUAGAGCUGAAGACUUACCUUUCCCCGAAGAAAGUAGUGGUGGGGGUCACAAGGGAAGUGACUCUGAACAUUCAUCUCGCCAACACUGGGGAAGACUCCUACAAGACCAGAAUGAUUUUGAUGCACCCUCCAAACCUACAGCUGAAGAGAAUCCAACAGCCCUUCUCACCCCCCAUACAGUGCCUGGAUCCCACACCUGCCACACCUGUCCUAGCCAUCAUCUGUAAGAUUGGCCACUCUGUAUUCAAGAGGUCGCACGUUAACUUUUCAAUAACUUGGCAACUAGACGAAAAAAAAUUUCCCAGUGAAACAGCAGAAAUUACCAUUAAUGUCACCAACGCCAAUGGUCAGCCCCCCGUGACAGAGACACAGGAGCUUCAGAUCAAGUACCGCUUUGCCGUAGCUCUCCAUAAACCCCUAGUGACGUACAUGACCACCAGCCAAGGCCUUUCAGAGCACAAAGAAUUCCAGUUUAAUAUUCACGGGGAAAAUCCCUUUGGAGCCGAGUUUGUAUUAGAGGUGUGUGUUCCAACACAUGUGCAAAGCCACGAAAUCAUAAAACUGAAGAACAUAACAGCCACACAGGCCGAUUCGAAAUGCAGCAGGGAACUAGGAUGCAAGGCCCGCUGCCCAGAAGGACCCGCCGAGGCACCGGACCUUCGAUGGCUGCGGCUGCGCUGCGCGCUGUCCUCUGUCCCCUCCAAAGUGUGGCUGGGGGCGGAGCUGACCCCGAAGCUGCCGGGGGCCCUGUCGAAGCUGUGCAUCCCCGCUGAGAUCUCCUUCGACGGAGCCGUGUACGAGAGCCAGGGUCCAGGCAGCCUCUGGAGCUCGAUCACCGUUAUUCUGCUGAAGACCCCCGGCUUCCGCACCUUGCCCAUCGUUCUUGGGAGCAGCGCUGGUGGAAUUCUGCUGCUCUUUGGAAUCGUCGCCGUGCUUUGGAAGUGUGGCUUUUUUAAGAGGAAAUACCAGGCUGCUACCUCAGGCAGUGCCAGAAAAUCAGAAAAAUCAGAAAACCUGCGCCAAGCAGAGGAGUAGGGCCCUGCUCCUUGGAAUCAGGGAGGACGAGGCUCAGCAAUCGGUCGUUCUUGUUUGAUGGCAUCAUCCAUGCACACCCUCUGACCUGGCAACACCACCGCUAGUUCUGUAUCCCCAAAGAGAUAAAAAAACAAAGGAAAAGGACCUACAUGUACAAAAUCUCUACAGCAGCU